UAUAGAUAUAUAACUAUAACAAUAAAUAUAUAUCCAACGUUUGGUAUGUGGGCCUCCGCCAGAUGCUUGCUAAGUGGAGUAUAAAACCAGUCUGGUUGGCCGACCUCUAGGUAGCAAAACCUCGUUUCUCUAGGUAUUUACUUCAGUUCUCACUCUCACCUCGGGUCAGUUCGCCAGCGAAAUGGCUGCCAGUGAGCCAGAAACACCAAUCUGACACUGGCGGCGUUUUUUGGUAACAUGCAUCAGCCUCAUUUGCUGGUUCGACCGUCAGCAGGGCUCUCUUCUCUCCCACUCUUGAUUUCAAUACGAGAUGAUUUCCAUUCGUGCUAGCAGUGGGACUUUCUGCCUUCCAAUAUUAGCCAGUCGUCCACUCUCAAGACGUGCUACAAGCCUUAGUGGCGAAGACUUAGCACCAUCCAAUGCCCGUUAUGCUUUUGUUAGGCAUGAUCUUGAUUUCCUCUUCCGUGUGCAGAUCCAGAUCAUUCGGGGCGAUUCUCUACCCUCAAUGUUAGAUUCGGUCCAUUUUCUCAGACGGAGCCGGGCUUCCUGGGAUGCAACCUGCUCGCUUGAUGUCCCAGGAUAACCCUGCAGGCUCCUGAUUCACAUCAUCCGGGUGGGUUCCCAAGCGCUGACCAUCCAGCAUCAGCCUCAUGAGUGUCCUUUCCAGUAACGCGAAAAGCUUAACAAUACCACCAAGUGCUGCAGAAUGGGUCGAAUACGAGCUAACAUAUAUGACAGGAUGAUAGCUGGACAAAUUAAUGUCUCUUGCGAAUCAGGGAGGGAACGGAGCAAAAAGAGCCAUCGACUGGAUGAGGAUCGAGGGAACAGGCGGUUCUAGAGAGGAUGAAGGUCACGCUCAAAAGGCGGUAGGUCUGAGUAUUGGCGUCUCUGUUUUGAAACCUCAAGAGCUGCUGUUAUACGACGACAGCGUACUCCGUACUCGGUACUAACUAGCAGCAGUUACGGGAAGUGUUAGUUAACUAGGCACCAAGUUAACCAGUGGCUGAAGUGCUCUAAUUAUAGUCAGAACUCCGCCAGUUCACCUAGUUAUACCCAAGAUCAGCAGUUCCCGCUUCACAUUCACCCAUGGCAUCGCUCCGCUCAAAGCCACCCCUCCCAAUGGUUAGAAUAUCAUCCACAGAGGACUCUCAUUCCUGUCAAAGUCAGGGGCCUUCCUUUUGUCUCUUGAGUGUUCAAAAGUCCAAAAGCCUCCAGAGUACCAGGAGUGACAUUAGUAAGCAUUGUCACGUGAUUUAACUGAGGUCUCGUCCCGUCAACUUAUCAUCACGUGAAUGACUCAGCUUGCGACGUAUGCGCGGCGAAAAUAAUAUCAAAAACGACUUGAUAUCUCAGAACCGUCCACAAGGGGGAAGAUUGUUGGUUUUGAAGAAACAUCCACAGCUGCCCUUGAAAAAUGCAAGCUUCUCAACACAUUUUGUGAAUAUUUCUUUGUUGUUGCUAUUGCUAUUGCAUUUUAUUGCUUCCUAUGGACCGUUUAUCUUGUAUAUAUUUCCCCUUUUUAACAUACUAAACCGAGCAAGCCAUGACAUAUUUGCACAGUGACUAUUCCAACCGCAGCCCUUUUGCUGAACCAACUACUUUCGAAAAGGUAUCUCAGCAGUUACCUGCAAUCUUUCGGUGGGGGGCCGAUCGAAUUCGAACUCGCGUUGCUUUCUUCGGAAGCAUACCUUCCCUCACUACAAAACGCAACAGCCGGUCAGGUGUUGUUAAGGCAGUUCUUCAAGCACUCUUUACUGUUCGCACGGCGUUGAUUCUCUUAUGGGGCCUUACACUGUUCUGGGGAGAAAGGACUGUAUUCAAGGAAAGCCUGGAGGCUUGCAAUUGGAGUCAUUGGGAAAAAUGGGUGAGUGGUCGUUUUGCGGCCAAUACUCUUCGUGUUUAUGCUAGUUAUACUGAUAUAUUCUUCAUAUGCCUAGCCUGCCAACGCCAAACCUCACCACGUUGCCUUUAUAGCCGAUCCACAACUUGUUGAUGCACAUACCUAUCCUGGUCGGCCAUGGCCUUUAUCCUCGUUAACCGAGUUUUACGUGGACCUGUACCUGUACCGUACCCAUUCACUGCUUCAAAAGUAUCUCCGGCCUGAUAGUACAUUUUUCCUUGGUGACCUCUUUGAUGGAGGAAGGGAAUGGGGCACGGACGGAUAUUCUAGCCCGGAUCCUAGCUUCAAGAGCUACGGGCACGACUAUUGGAUGAAAGAAUACAAACGAUUUUCAAGAAUAUUCUUCGAAACCUGGGAGUUAGGGGGAAAAGGUUCCUCAUUAAGCCAUAGUGGAAGGAGGAUGGUAGCAGGACUACCGGGAAACCAUGAUAUCGGCUUUGGGAAUGGCGUGCAAACGCCAGUUGUCCACAGGUUUCGUUCCUUCUUUGGGGAAUCAAACCGAGUUGAUAUCGUAGGAAAUCAUACGAUAGUCUCCAUUGAUUCGGUCUCGUAUAGCGCACGGGACCAGGAAAAUCCAGAAACAGGGGGAUCAAAUCCUAAUACUAGAGAGACAGCACAGGUGUGGAGAGAGACACAACAGUUUCUUGACAAUAUAAAAACACUGAAACAGGAGGCUCUACGAAAAGAGCUAUCUACUUUGACGGGGAAGGAUUCACCUGCCACAGAUCCGGAUAUACAACUUCCAACAAUCCUUCUCACACAUGUUCCUCUGUACAGAGAGCCGCAUACCCCUUGUGGCCCUCUACGUGAACACUGGCCGCCAUCAUCGACUAAUCCUCUGCCAGACAAAGAUGAGAGAAACGCAAUCCAUAUCGGUAAAGGAUAUCAGUACCAGAACGUCUUAACGCCUAUAAUAUCAAACGAAAUAGUGGGUAAAGCGGGACGAGUCAUGCAAGUAUAUUCUGGUGAUGACCAUGACUACUGCGAGAUUAUCCAUACUGAGUUUAGCGGAGCUCCAAAGGAGAUCACGGUGAAGAGCAUGUCCUUGGCGAUGAGUGUUAGAGAGCCAGCAGUCCAACUGGCGACUCUUUGGAACCCCAUUGACACAGAAACAGGUCACCCUGUUGAUUCAGGUGGCUCCUCCACAACCCUACAGAACCAGAUGUGUCUGCUCCCCAACCAAAUAUCCAUAUUUAUUGUCUAUGGUUACACAUUAGCCCUUACGAUUCUGGCUCUCUUUUUGCAUUCUACCUACCUUUCUUUCCGCCAUAAAGCGGGGUCCUCUGCCAACACAGAUUCGAUAUUACCCUUGGCCUAUCGUCGACCUAUCUAUGACUACUAUCCUUGCUCGACCGAGUUCCCCGCCGCGUCACCGUCGACGACAUCUUCCAACUCGAUCGGAGGGGCGUAUUCUGUAACGCGAAGCAGGGCCGCCAGUACGACUGUUCCUUAUGAAGCUCGUGGCUUCAAGCAAACUCAGACUGUUGGAGGGUCUGCAGAAGGGAAUAAUGGAGUUCCAGACCCUGCUGCAUCAAUGGCCCCAUCAGGCGCUAACACUCGGUCUCGACGGCAGGGAUGGACUGUUCUGGACAAUAAUGACUACUCUGAAAUAGCUGACGCUUCACUGGAGAGGAGUCCUACCAGCCGGGUUAGGCGUCCAUUCCAGGUAUUUCGAGAUGAGCUUGUGUCAUCUACGAAAUGGGUUGGUGGGAUAUCUUUUGGGUGGUAUUUGUGGUUGCUCUGGACAUGGUGAUGCAGUGACGCUACCCUGUCUUUGCUUGAGAGUACCGAUCUAUAGCCUCCUUUUUUUUCUCUCGGCGCUUGCCUUUUUUCCGGUGAUACACCCGUCGUUAACAGUUCUUAGCGUUUCAGCCAGGAUCAACCAGUAUUCGCAAGGGCAGCCAGCAUCUCAGACUAUUGAUUUUCAUCUCAUUCCGCCGUGGCCCACGCCAUGGCCACUGCCCCCUGGCACUAACUAAUUCCCCGAGGCACCUGGGAGGCGGUUGCGUUGACCAUUAGCCAGCAUGGUACUUUGUGAAUAAGUGGCUGGCGACCACGCAUUCCUUCUGACGUGGUUGUUCUGUCUUUCUCUAGGCCAUGUCAAUGUGCGGCACGCCAGGGACGAAACGAUGUAUUCUGAGCAUAUCAAGCCUGCAUGGUCCGGAGAUCUUGACCCACGCCAGCGGUUGGACAGAGUGAAAGGCAGGCUCCUUCUAUGAUGUUGUGCUUUGGGCCACCUCUUUGACCUUUCAAGCAGGCUUUGGUACAGAAUACCUCCCAGGAGGACAAGUCGAAAGACAGCAGUAUGGAUGACAAAGAUGCGGAGAUGUAGGGAAUCUACGACAGAGUAUAUGGAAGCAGUAUAAUAUGUACGGAGCAUGGAUACACGUAUGUGCAACCAAUAUUAGAUACAUAGGUCGGGUACUGCAUAAGAUAACUCUACUCGCAACAUGGGAUUCAGGUAUUCAUCAAAAACCGGCCGCCGUUGCUUUUCCACCUUUUACCUAUUCUCUGUCCUCCUUACAGAGUCCUGUCGACCAGAUGCCAACUGCGCU